GCAGAGAGAAUGAGAGUAUGAGGUAGCAUUGACAGGGAAAGACUUCGUAUCCCUGAAAACUAAGAGGAGGAGGACAAAGGUAAGAGGCACAUGUUAGGCUCAUGGAGCAGACUCGCCAUCUCAUCUCCGCAGUGGACACAGAGAUGGACACCAUAGAUGGAAACCACAUAGAUGGGAUGCAGAUGGAGAUAGAGAUCAAGCAAAGUGGGGAGAAUGACUCUUGUAGCAGAUCAGAUGAGAUGCACGAGCAACUGUCUAUCAGCGAAGGGCCGUCCAGGAGCUGCCACGGGGACAUUGCGAGAUCCAGACCCAAACUGCAGUCGACAAAAAGCUUCCCCCCUUACAAUCAGUGCAUAGGUGGGCUAGGAGAGGACUCCGAGUGGGACAGCGAGCUCAGUUCAGAGCCGGCCAACGCUUGCCAGAUGAAUACAAGUGAAGUCAAGCCUGAAGAGAUUCCAGGUGACGAAAAAAAAGGAGACAAGGGGCUGACUGCGAGAUGUUCGAGGGAAGCAAUGAAAGCCAAAUGGAGGAUGAGGAGGAAGGAGAGGUCAGGGGGGAGCUAUGAUGCCAACACAGACGGCUGGGAGAGAGGAAGAUGGAGUGGGAAAAGAAGAGUGGAGAAGACUGAAAAAGAAAGGAAGCACGACGAUGAGGAUAGAGAAGGGGAGCCGAACAGUCAGUGGAAACACUGGAGAGGAAGAAAGUCCAGUUCUGAGAAAGGGAGGAAAGAAGACGAGGAAGAAGAGAGGAAGUUAUCGCCGAUUACAGCUGUAGAGACAGAGGACAAGGACAUCGUGGAGAUGAUGCUUGAGAGCAACGAUGAAGACGUUGACGAACUGCCUGAGACGACACUCCAGUGGUCCUCCUCACAUCCAAUCCUCUCCAAGCUUUUGCACUCAUCCUCCACCUCCUCCUGUUCCUCCAUGAACCUGUCUUCAGCUGAGAGUGACGAGGUCUUCAGCGAAGGAGAGGAUGCCGCGUCGAAGAGGAAGACGUUCAGAAAGUGUCGCUCCUGGAAAACCUACUUGACCAUGAUGAACUGGUCUCUGGGGCGGCAGAGCUCCUGGGUCCAGCUGGCUGGACAUCAAGGUAACUUCCAGGUGAGUAAAGGAGGGGAGGUGCUGAAACGGUUCAGCGAAGUGGAGGCUAAGUGCCUGGACUGUCUGAUGAGGGACCCUCUGAGGCCCUUUGUGCCGCAGUACCACGGCCUGGUUACCAGAGGGGAGCACUGCUACAUCCGCCUGGAGGAUCUGUUGUGCGGCCUGAGGAGGCCUGUUAUCAUGGACUGUAAGAUGGGCGUCAGGACGUACCAGGAGGAGGAACUGAUAAAAGCUCGUACCAAACCAACCCUCCGUAACGACAUGUACCAGAAGAUUAUGAAAAUGGACCCAUCAGCUCCUUCAGCAGAGGAACACGCGCAGAAAGGGGUGUCCAAGUGGCGCUACCUUCAGUGGAGGGACACCACCAGCUCUACGUCCACGCUGGGGUUCAGGAUAGAAGGCAUCAUGAUGGAGGAUGGCAGCGUUGAACGGGACUUCAGGAAGAUUCUGACAUUAGCUCAGGUCACAGAGGCGAUGCUUUACUUCACCAGGAAGCAGCUUCACACUCUGAAAGCGUAUCACUCCAGACUUCUGGCCCUGAGUGACGCACUGAAGAAUUCCCCAUUUUUCAGAACCCAUGAGGUGAUUGGCAGCUCCCUUCUCUUCGUCCACGACCACAGCAAGGCCAGUGUGUGGAUGAUCGACUUUGGAAAGACGACCCCCAUGCCCGAGUCGAAGGAGCUCUGUCACAACGUCCCAUGGGCUGAGGGCAGCAGGGAGGACGGCUACCUCAUCGGCCUGACCUCCCUCAUCUCUUCUCUGAGCCAGGCCAUCACUGUGGCCUCCUGGCAGCAGGGGGACAGCUGCGAGGAGGAAAAGAGCGGUACAUAACGCACUCGGGGUCGAUGUGGACAGACAUGGCUGCUGUUACAUUUAAAACUGUCGGGACAACAGGGAAGGAUUUGUUUAUGGGGGACGCUGUCUUCAGAGGAGGAGGAGGACGAGGAGCUUCAAUUUCGCUGAAAUCCAUAGAAAUGCUAAGUGAUCGUCUCACAGUUGUACAUCUGGCAUGUACACACAGUGGAGACCGGGUUUUUGUUACAUUCUUUAUCUACUGAUACUAAAGACUUUUUUCAUUUGGCUGGUCGGGAACACGCAAAGCGCUAAUGUGUUUACACCAGCAAAGUUCUCUCAUUGUGACCAAUGCACAAAAACACGCACAUUUGGUUGAACUGGCUCAUGUUCGAACAUGAGGCUCAGUAUGUGUUCACAAGUCAGUAUGUGUUAACAAGUCUCAUAACAGUUAGAAAAAGAGACUUUAAAAUAUGCGCGAAGAAGACAUUGACAGAAAUAGAUGCAAUGUUUUUAUCAAGCAUUUGAAUUAUUUACACAUGAUGCAGCUAAAAUGUUGUUUUUUUUCCUAUUCACACAUAAGAUGGCCAAGGUAAACUGAAAUAAACGAUGAAUACUUG